GGCGGGGCUGCGGGAGGCGGCCAUGGCGGCGGCGGGGCAGCGGUACCCGCGGAGCUCCAUCGAGGAUGACUUCAACUAUGGCACCAACGUGGCCUCGGCCAGCGUCCACAUCCGCAUGGCUUUUCUACGGAAAGUCUACAGCAUUCUUUCUGUUCAAAUUCUUCUGACCACAGUCAUAUCUGCAAUUUUUCUGUAUUCUACUGGAGUGAAGGCAUUUGUUCUUGAAAGGCCUGCCUUGGUCUUGAUACCUUGGAUUGGAUCUUUGGCUGUAAUUGUGGCACUGGGCUUCUACAGUCACAAGCAUCCUGUUAAUUUAUACCUCCUUUUUGGAUUUACCCUGCUGGUAGCACUGUCAGUUGCCUUUACAGUGAGUUUCUUUGACGUGUCCGUGGUCUUGCAAGCCUUUCUUCUUACUACUGCUGUGUUUCUUGGACUGACUGCAUAUACCUUGCAGUCAAAGAGAGACUUCAGCAAAUUUGGAGCAGGCCUCUUCACUUGUUUGUGGAUUUUAAUCUUCUCGUGUUUAUUGAGGGUGUUUUUCUACAGCGAGACAAUAGAGUUGGUGGUUGCUGCUGCUGGCGCUCUUCUGUUCUGUGGAUUUAUUAUUUAUGACACUCAUUUGCUGAUGCACAAAUUGUCCCCUGAAGAGUACAUACAGGCUGCAAUCAAUCUCUACCUGGACAUCAUCAAUCUCUUCCUACACCUGCUGCGUAUACUGGAAGUAUUUAAUAAAAAAUAGUCAAAAGAAGUGUGGCUUGGCUAUAGCGUAUAUGAAGUUAAGUAUCUAAAUAGCAUUUGGAUGAUCUACAAACUGUGUAGACUGAAUCUUUACUACUUUUUCAUUCCAUGAAUAUUGAUCCCUCCUUAGGAAAAAGGCUUUCUAUGUAGCUAAAGUUAUUCUCUAGAACAUAUAUUUUAUGUAGUUAACACGCUGUCAUCAUGCCAGUCACUUUUUUAAUCACUAAAUUUGCGCUUGACAAUAAUUAAUGAUUAAAACUUUUGCCAACUUCCACUUGCUCCAGCAUAAGCCUGUCUUGCUACGUUGUAGUGCUGGAAAGGUUUCCUUUGGGAUUACAAGUGAAUGGACUGUGUAAGGGUAGCCUGAGUUUAUCACUGUGCAAUGUUUUACUAAGCUAAAAUGUAUUUCUUGUUUUUGUUUGGUAAAGUGGAAUGCUGUCUCUCACAGAUAAUUUAUUCUUGUUCAGGGCUGUCAGACUGAUGUACACUGGGAGGGUGUUAAAGCAAUUAAAGAGAAUGUUGUUCAUGUAAGUAUUAUUGAUUGCCUUUCAAUGUUCCAAAGAAUCAUUUGGAGAUGGAUUCUGCUGUUUUGUCGGAUUGUAUAUAUUAAGGUUAAUUGUCAAUAAAAACUGGGAAACCUUUA